CAUGUUAUGACAGAAAGAAUUGUAUUUCUUCAUCAUUCAUUCAUUUUCAUGUAAAUACUACAAAUUGUAAAUACUACAAAUACGAAAAUACGCAGAAUGGUUGAUGACGUGUUGUAUUAUAUCUUGGUGCUGUUGACACUAUUGCCGGUGUAUUUAUUUUUCAAGCUAAUCCAGUGGAUGGGAUGGGAGCUGUUCGUAAACAAUUAACGUGAUAAAAGUCACUCAAAUUUCAUUCAAUUGAGUCAAUUUCGUCAUUCACUAUUGACAAAAAUGCUGUGAUUAAUAACCGCUUAAAGCCGUAGCAGAUGGAUAAUGACUGCGGUAAAACAUGCAACGUUCUCGAUCGAGUUGCAGUGUUCGACGCUUCAGCAAUAAUUCACGUUCGAUUAAGAUUCGGGUUUGAUUCAAGGCAGUUCUUGUGUCUUCGGCUUCUUUGAUCGAGAUCGAUAGAGCCAAUGUGGCUUCUUCAAUGCUACGGACCUCUUCUACCAGACCAAAAUGGGCACGAUCACGGCAGUUUUCCACAUUUACACGGCGAUUACGAUUAUCAAGACGGGUCUGAGCCACUUUCAUCGGUGUGUCCAUGUUUUGCAUGCUUUGAGUGAGGUUUUCUAUUAAGAGCUCAGUGUCGGCCAAUCGUUUCAGGCACUACAAACAAACAAAAAAGAAUUGAAAAAUCUGUUCACAAAUUGCGUAAUAAUGAUCUGACUUGAUAGAGUGUACGCUUACAUCGGUUAAUUCAGUUUCGAGUUUGCGGCAAGUUUCAUCAAGAUUUCCGAUUUUGUGGUUGAAUGACCUGACGACACGGUCGGCUUUUGUACGCAAAUCUCGGGCUGCGUUUAUAAGUAUCGCAUCAAUUUUAGCGCGCAAUUUUAUCUGCGAUUUUUUUUUUAUAUAACGAAUUUAUAUUUGUAUCAGUUUUGUUGUCAUUAAAUAUAUAUAUUUGAACGUA